CCGCUGGAUAAAGCGGAGGAGGAGACAGCGGUCCGUGUGGUUGGAGCUCCGACACUCAGGAGGGGAACAUGUGAGCGGGGCAUGGGCGGCUGCAAACCGGAUUAUACUUCAACACAGCAGAGAGACGCAGGAGGGACCCGGGCCAGGACAGAAACGGGGACACUGUGACAAAACCGAGGAGAUUUAGCUUUUUUUUUUCCUCCUUUUUUUUUUUUUUUUUUUUUUUUCUUGUCUUUCUUCUGGACUACGUUGCCAAAGAUGAACACCAUCGUAUUUAACAAGCUGAGCAACCAGGUCCUGUUUGAGGAAAAAGCCAAGGAGGUGGAGAUGAGCAGCAGAAAUUACCUGGAAGUCAUCGACGGGCAACAUCCAGACCUUCUCUCCGGAAACCAGGGCAUCAGAGACAGCCAGGCGAUCCGGCACCGGCGGAGCGGGGGUCGACCCAGCGGUGGAAAAGUGCGGCACAAGCGCCAGGCCCUGCAGGACAUGGCGAGACCACUCAAGCAGUGGCUCUAUAAGCACCGCGACAACCCCUACCCCACCAAGACGGAGAAAAUCCUGCUGGCGCUCGGCUCACAGAUGACUCUGGUCCAGGUAUCCAACUGGUUCGCCAAUGCCAGGAGGCGACUGAAGAACACGGUGAGGCAGCCGGACCUGAGCUGGGCGCUCAGAAUCAAACUCUACAACAAAUAUGUUCAGGGCAACGCGGAGAGGCUGAGCGUCAGCAGCGACGACAGCUGCUCAGAAGAUGGAGACAACCCUCAGAGAACACAGAGCGGCCCCAAGGAGCUCAACAAGCCUAUGUACCAGAGCGUCAUCAAGAAGGAGGGCUCCUCCAUGGUGAGCAUGGCCAUGGGGAUGGGGAUGGGCCCCGGGCUGCGCUCCGCUGCCGAAGCCGCCUCUCUGGCCGAGGACUACGUGUCUCCCCCCAAGUACAAGAGCAGCCUGCUGCACCGCUACCUGAACGACUCGCUGCGACAUGUCAUGGUGGCCAACGCCGUCAUGGAUGCUCGCAGGAGGAACCACUCCGGCUCCUUCAGCUCCAACGAGUACGAUGAUGAGCUGCUCUCACCGUCCUCAUCUGAGGCCGAGGCGAACUUUGUUUAUCGAGCUGAAACCACAGACUAUGGAUCAAGUAAAUGUGACAACGGUGGCGUUGCGGCUACGCAGAAGGAGAAGGUGAAGGGCAAAGAUGAGACGUACUGGAAGGAGAUCAACGCCGCCAUGGCCUUGACCAACUUGGCGCAGGGGAAGGACGGCGUCUCUGGGACAACCAGCUGCAUCAUCCAGAAAUCCUCCCAUAUAGCAGAGAUCAAGACUGUAAAAGUGCCGCUGAUGCAGAAAUAUUAGCUCUGACGUCAUCCUCCCAUCCCUCUAUGCAAACCAGCAAACUCACUCGCUGGAGUCCAAAUAAACUCCCUCUGAAACCAGACGGACUGAAGUUCAAAGAGGCCUUGAUCAUCCUUUGAGAGUGUUGCAGCAUUUCCUAAAACGCAACACUUUUGUAAUGUUAACUUAUUUUUUACUUUUUUUUAAAUUUCCUUUUUUAUGCUUCAAAUUUUGAAUUUGCCAAAGUGCCUUUGUUUUUCCUUUUUAGACGGAUAACUCACUGAGUCGUGCCGAUACCAGGAGAUUUGUUUUGUGUGCCUUAAAGACUUGAUGAGGCACCAAUAAACU